AUGAUGCACACUCCAGCCUCCAUGGUGAUGGGAAUCGUGUUUGCCCCUUUGGGAUUGGCCCUGGUCUUCACGGCUGCCAUCACCCCGCAGUGGAGAGAAGGCCAGGCUCGACUGAGCAUGGCCGGGUCUGGGUUUCUCCUCCGAGUGGGAGCGAAAGGUCAAGGGGUGGGUUCCAAGUCCCGCUCAGUGGAGGCGCUGCUGUUGCUCCGCUCCGAUGGCCUGUGGGAGAGCUGUAUGCAGGUGGAGCACUCCGAGCUCAAGCAGUGUUGGCCAGUUGCUGGACCGUACCAGAGAGACCCACGGGUUCGUCUGGCUCAGGGCUUGGUGCUCACCUCCUUGUUCCUGAGCGGGAUUGGCAUUGUUCUGGCCUGCAUCGGGGUCCGCUGCUGGACAGAUCUACCUCUGAGAGGGGUGGCAGCCUCGGGGGGACUCCUGGUGGUGAGUGCUGGGCUGCUGAGUCUGACUGCGUUGGGAGUGUACACCCAUAACCUCAAAAGACUUGGGAUGGAUCCAAGUCAGGGGAUGGCUAAUCACAGGUCAGCCCAGCUGAGCCUGCACGCAGCAGGAUCGCUCUAUUUCGGAUGGCUGGGUUCGUUUUUACAGUUGUUGGGAGGCAGUGCACUGCUGUUCAGCUUCAAAAGACCAAGAUGUCCGACAUGCCCGUCCCGCCCGGAGCAAACUAUCUGCCCUGCUUGUCGCUCGUGUCCAGAGAUAACAACCAAAACUGACAUGGAUGUAUAUGAAGUCAGUUGUUAG